UACACUAAGACCAAGACCCAUGCAUUAGGGUUUUUUUUUUCUUCAUAUCCCUCAUGUGUAUGGAAUUACCUGCCGGUUCAAAAAAGAAAAACUCUCUGCAAAUGAAGAGUAUGCACAGUACUCCUUUUUUUCCUAUAGUGACUAAGAAUCAAGAUCAGCGGAGGAAUCAUAUCAAUAGCCACAAAACAUCUCGGCCUAAUUCAUAAUUUUUCUUUGUCAGAGACAAUCACUUCGAAUUGAUCAGUGACCCACUUUCCAGUUUAAAGAUUUUCCAUUGCAGAAAAGAGUUAAUCAUGAUGGAAAGUGGGUAUAUUGAUGGUUUGAAGUUGAAAUCUUCUUCAGACAGGAGUGAGCUGGACGAGGAAAGAUCAGAUGGUGAUCGUAGUAAGAAUAAAAACAGUGCAAGCAGCUCGAGCAACAGCAUAGAUGAGGAGACUGAUCAGAAGAUGUCCAGCUCUAUUAGGGUGCGGCCAUAUGUUCGAUCCAAGGUGCCGAGGCUACGAUGGAAUCCUGAUCUUCAUCGUUGUUUUGUCCAGGCUGUUGAGAGGCUUGGGGGUCAAGAGAGAGCAACUCCUAAACUGGUUUUGCAAGUAAUGAACAUCAAAGGCUUAAGCAUUGCACAUGUCAAGAGUCAUUUGCAGAUGUAUCGGAGCAAGAAGAUUGAUGAUCAGGGUCAAGUUAUAACCAGCAGCAGACAUGUUAUGGGAAGUGCAGACCGCCUUUGGCAACAGCACUCCAUGCUUCGAGGUUUUGAUCAAAGGGUUAGCCACAAAUUCAGAUCAUAUGGUGACCUUUGUGGGAAUGGUCAAGGGAGCUGCAUAUCCAUGCCUUAUUUGACUCACGACCGCAUAAAUUUGACUGAUCAUAGCAUGAAUUUUAAAACGAGAGGCAGCCACCUUCAUGGGUCAGAAGCUGGAAGCUGGAUUUCUGGAGGUAUCGAUUUGAAGAUAAGAAAUGGAUCUCUCUACUUGAAUAACAACAUUGGCUUCGGGGAACAAAGUAUUAAGAGACUACAGGAGUUCAAAGAAAAAUUUCCAUGGCCGUUCAAUCACACAUCCAUCAAAACCCAGACAAGCUCAUCCCCCAUAGAGAUAGACGACUCCUCUUUAAGUACAGAAUUGCAUGGAAGAUCAGGACAGGAGAAAAUGAAAUGUUUUAUAGACUCAAAUACAGCAGUACUGAAUCAAACAAAGUGGGUUGUUGGGGAAGAGCAGGCCACUGCAGGCAAAAGAAAAGGUUUACACGACGACAUCGAUCUGAGUCUAUCACUGAGUAUAAGAUCGAGACACGAGGGAGCUAAUAAGAGAAUAUGUUGGUUUCACGAAGAUGUGGAUAGCAAUUUGUCUGAUCUUUUCUGUUCCUCCUCCUCUUCUUACAAGAAGGGAAGCUAUUCUAUAGAUCUCAACAAUAUGCCAUCAAGCUUAGCAGGAUGACAGAAUUAAGAACAUAUUGAUGCGAAAGAUUCGAAACUGGCGAGUCCCCUAGAUCUGACUUUAUGAGUCAUGGAGUUCUAGUACUGAGAUCCAGUUGGUACUUGUUUAGAAUUAGAUGAUGCAUGGUUCAUUGCUGUGAUCACUUAUGAAACUUGAAGU